ACUUCCACAAGGUUUUGGACUCUUUCUAUCCAGCCAUCCAAAGGCACGUUUCAGGAUCCAAAGCAUACCACAUCACGUGGCCAACGUCUAUCUGCGGAAAAUCUAUUUAUCUUUCCAUCUAUCUAUCAUACCGUACUGUAUCGUUUAUCCGUGUCUCCAUUUUAGCUCGUUAGCUCGCCGGCUACCAUCGAAUCGGUCAUUCUGUUUCAUUCCGCAUUGGCCCCAACUUCUGUCGCCACGCCCCCUGGAGCUGCAAUCUCCACAUCCCGGUGUGUUUUCCCAGCGUCCAUGAAGGCAACACUGUAGACUAAUCGAACGAGUCUACUUUGCUGUACAAUCAGUCCGUAAUCUAGCCCUCAAUUUCUAUGUAAUCCAUCUCUCUCCAUCGCUCGAUCAUUCGAUCGAUCGUUCUGUCUGUAUCGAUCUCUCGAGCAUUCUACAUAUCUGUCCGAGCUAUCUCUUUAUUAUCUAUAUUUAUUGAUCUAUCGUUAUCCUGUAUUUUAUCAUAUACCUAUAUCUAUUGUUAUUGUCUAUCUAUAAUAUGACUCGACUGUGUAACUGUAUUCUUUUUCUAUCUACUGUAUGUUGCUCUUGAUCUGUACUGUCUGCAUGUUAUUCGUCUUUCGAGCUAUCUUUUUAUCCAUGUACAGUAGCUAUCUAUCGAUCUAUCUAUCUAUAGCCAUCUUUCUAUCUAUGUAUUCAUCCUUUUGUCUUUAUGAGCUCUCUAUAUUGUCAAUCUAUAUUGUUGCGCUCUAGCGUUAUCAUCUAUAUCCCUCUCGCUUUACUGUCCGUAUUUUAUCGAUCUUUGUCACUAUCUUUUUUUUAAUCUGGCUAUCUAUCCAUCUAUCUAAAAAUGUCAGUUCAAAUUAUGAAGUGUGUUUUCAUUGGUCCCGACUACUGUUACCACGCCCCUGCUGAGCUGUUGUGUUUUCCCAGUGUCCGCGAAGGCACCGCGGUCGUCCCGUUCCAAGCGCUCCGGAGACUCCGCUCCGCGUUUCACCUCCUCCUCCACUUUUAGUUUUUAAAAAGCACCUCGAGUUACUCCUUCGGAGCUGCGGUGGUGGUGGAAAGAAGAAGGAGAAAAAAAAGAAGAAGAAGAAGAAGUCAGGCAGAUGAGCGGAGCGCCCGAGUCCGCCCUCCCAGAUGCGACGAGCACGGGGGGCGUCUGAAGCCACGCCGAGCGGAUGACGGUGGCGUCCGCGUCCGCGUCCGCGUUCGCGCCCGCUUUCGCCUCACUUUUGCCGGAUUGAGGGCGAGCGACAUGCCCUUCUUCAAGCGGCUGGUGGAGCCCCGGUCCCUGUGCCGCCGCCGCGCGGAGGCGGCCGAGGGCGAGGGCGAGGGCGAGGGGGGCUCGCCCUUGCGGGACCUGCUGACCGUCAGCCACGCGGCGCUGGCCCGGAGCCUCCGCCAGCUGUCCGACCUGGCCAAGCACGCCUGCUCCGUGUUCCAGGAGCUGGAGGGCGACCUGGCCGCCACCGGCCGCAGGCUCCGCGGGCUGCAGCGGAAGGUCGGCCGGCUGCAGGAGACUUGUUGCCGGCUGGACCCCAAACUGGAACCAGUCCCCGUGUCUGACCUGGACACGGAGAGCAAGCUGACGCGGCAUUACCGGGCUCCCUGGCACAAGCAGAGGAACGUCCUGCGCCCGGCCACGCGCCCGCCAUGCGUCGAACAACUGCACCGGGACACCCACCUGGGCGACCUGCACGCAGAUGGUCAUCGGCGGCGCUCGUCCAGCCGGGGGCGCCGAGUGACGGUCACCUUCUCGGCCCUGCCGCCCGUGCCCACGUGCCCGUCGACGCCCGGCGGCGCCGCCAGGAAAGCCAGGAAGGGGGCGCGCAUGACGGCGUUCCCAAGCUCCCGCCCGCCCUCCCCCACCGAAUGUUGCCACUUCUCUCCCUGGAACAGAAAGGCGGCGUCCUCGGCGUCGUCGGCGUCCCCCGGUCAGCGCCGGAAAGCGCUCCCCGUCCCCAACACGCCGACCACCUUGGACAAGCAGACCAACUGGUCGCGAGCGCUGCCGCUGCCGACGCCCGAGGAGAGAAUGAAAUGCGACUCGCGGGUCGUCUCCUCCUGCGUCAUCGCCAUUAACGUCACCGGCGCGGACUUCGACAGAGACGCGGGCGCGCGGCGCUCGCUGGUCCACUCGCAGUCGUUGCUCCAGCGCAGGAGGAAGCUGCGGCGGCGCCGGACGGUGGCCGGCGUUCCCGGGCAGCUGCGCGACUUCGCCUUAGACUCGGACGACUCCCCCGGCUCCCGAGAACGCGGCGUGACGGUCCACGCCGGCUCGGACGUCAGCCCGUCCGACGAGGAUCUGGCGAAUCAUCUGGUCACCAGAGACUCGGGUUGCCAGACCGAGGACUUCCUGAUCUCGGGGGCGCCUUCCCGCAGGAGAAUCCGGGCGCAGCGCGGCCACCAGGGGGCGGCGCUGUGCUUCUCUCGGUCGGCGGGCGACAUCGCGGCCCUGCGGGACGUCCCCGACGACGCGUUCGCCGCCCGGCUGCGGACCCGAAGUCUCCCCCGAGACGGCAGCCGGGCGAGGGCGGACGAGGACGAGGACGAGGCGGAGCUUUCCCCUUUCAACGGCGAGGAGGAGUUAAUUCUGAAGGACGAGGAGGAAAGCGCCGACGAGCGGGCCGGGUCGGAGCAGCUUUCGACGACGCCGGAGCGGGGCCGGGCGGAGAGGGCCCGCUCGCGGCCGCCCCGCGCGGCCCACGCGGGCAGCCGCGACGUGUCGUCCGGCUCCGACACCUUCGGCAGUCCCGCGCACUCGGUGUCGGCCGCCGGCGUUUUGGGGGGGCCCGUGGACCACAAGGACGACCACCAGUCCUCCAGCGGCAACUGGAGCGGCAGCAGCUCCGCGUGCCCCUCGCAGACCUCGGAGACCCUCGCCCCGGGUACCUCUCCGCUGGCUCGCUGCGACUCGGAGCUCUCCCUGAACGCCGCCGCCCACCCCGGCGACGACCGCCCCGGCUUCACGCCGGAUCCUUACGCCGGGCUCAGGACCCAGAGGGCGGGCUCCUUCUCCUCCACGGCCAUGGACAUCUUAGAGGAAGCGGGCGCUCCCGGGGAGGGCGAGUGGAACUACUCGCGCCCGGACCCCCCUCGUCGGCCUCGGGACCUCAGCCCCGAGUCCAACAGGGAGGCGGAGAGCAGUCUGGGCUGCCCGAGCUUCGCCAGCACGGCCACGUGCGAGAGCAGCUUCUCCGACAAGCCGCCGUCGGAGAAAGCCGACACGGCGUCUCACUACUCGGAGGACACAGAAGGCUACUACACUUCCAUGCACUUUGACUGCGGGCUGAAAGGCAGCAGGAGCUUCACGUACUUCUACUCGGACCACGUGACUCUGGGGCCACGCUGCCUGUCUUUGAGGAAGCCCAAGGCCAAACCGUGUCCGCCCAGGCGCAGCUCGUCGCUCCGGACGAUACGCAACGAGGAACCGAAGUUUCCGCUCUUCCGGGAGAAAAACCCGCAGCCGCUUUGGUCCAGCUCGUCGGGCCACAUCGCCGAAGAGCUCCCGGGCGCGUGGGGGGCGGAGGGAUCUUCGGAGCUGCCCUACUCGGGCGUCUUCAGCUCCACGGACGCGCAUUCCUUCAAAGACGAGGGCGUCGUCCAGGCCGACUACGCCGACCUGUGGCUCCUGCACGACUUGAAAUCCAGCGACCCGUACCGGUCUUUGUCCAACUCCAGCACGGCCACCGGCACCACGGUGGCGGAGUGCGUCAAAUGGCAGGACAGCUCCGAGUCGCAGGCGUCCCGGUCGGGCUCCGGGGCCACCACCCCCUCGCUGACGCCCGCCGAGGGCGACUUCAAGCUGGCGGGCCUCGCCAGCCCCUCCAGCGGGUACUCCAGCCAGUCCGAGACCCCCACCUCCGCCUUCCCCGCCGCCUUCUUCCCCGGCCCGCUAUCGCCGUCCAGCGCUAAGCGGAAACCCAAAGUACCGGAGAGGAAGUCGUCGCUCGCUUCAAGCCGGACGGACGCGGAGUUGCCCGUCGUGCCCUCGACCCCCACGGAUUUAAGUGCCUUUCGCCGCGUCGGUGACGACCGGACGGCGAUCCAAAAUCACCAGCCAAUAACCGAGUCGCCGAACGGACCUUCCCUGAGCGUCGCCCCCGCCGCGCUGCACGCCGUCCGGCUGCGAUCCACCCGCAAGGAACCUGACCCCGGUCCCGAUGACGGCGGCCCUUCCGCCGCCGCGUUCGGCACCCGAGCGCCGUUAGAACUUAAGAGUCCACGUUCGGCCGAUCUCCGGCCGGCGGUCUCGUCCGACGACGAGCUCGUCGACGGCGAGUUGACCGCGGAAUCGUCGUCGCCGCCGCCGGACGAGGAGGCGCAAAAGGACGCCGAGUGUUCUUUCCCGCCGCCUGAUGAAGAUCUCUGUGCCUCCGCGCCGAGUCUGGAACAAACGCCCGUCGCCAGUCCGGGAAGCGAUGACGGAAACCGAGACUCGGACUCGGCGGGGAAUCCGGCGGGAAACGAGGAAGAAGACUCUGCCGCCGAGGAGAACCCGAGCAAAGACUCGACAGCGGCGAGCGAUUCGGCGAUGUCGCGGCCGGACGACGAGUCGCACGCGGAGGACGACGGCGUCUUCCCGUCGCCCGCCAAAAGUCGAACCACGGACGACCUCUUCGCCAUGAUCCACAGGUCGAAGAGGAAAGUGUUGGGCAGGAAGGACUCGGGCGAGCUGUCCACGAGGAACGGUCCGUCGUCUUCCGGCAGCCCGGCGCCUGCGCCCCCGUCGCCCGGCGCCGCCCGCUCCCCGGGUCCCGCCGCGUCGCCGUCGGGGGCGUCGCCCUCGGGCCCGCAGAGGGCCCCCGGCCCCAUCUUCAGGAACGUCAAGAAGUCCAGCACCUCCAACGAGGAGUUCAAGCUGCUGCUGCUGAAGAAGGGCAGCCGCUCCGAAUCCGGCUACCGCAUGUCGGCCGCCGAGAUCCUCAAGAGCCCCGUGACCCCCAAAGGUCAACCGGCUGGCGAGGAGGCGGCGGCGGAAGCGGCAGAGGCGUCCGAGGGCUCCUCGCCGAAAGCCUCGGCCUCGCCGUGCUCGUCCAGGACGGGCCGCGCCAGGAUCCCGCCGCCCGCCAACAGCAGCCGCUACGCCGCGCGCGCACGCUUCUACUCGGCGCCCAUGCAGGCCAUCUCCGAGGGCGAGGCCGAGAACUCGGACGGCAGCCCCCACGACGACGAGCCGGCGGCGCGCCCGGGUUUCGCCUGACGGAAACCCGCUCUUCUUCUUCCUUCGCGCCGUCGUCUCCUUUGCACGCUCGAACAAACGUUCUGCUCUCACUUCGCUGGAUUUUUGCCGGCGCUCCCGGCGUGUCCCGAACAUCACAACUAUUUUGUUGUUUUGAAAACAACAAAUUGAUAAAAACAAAAAUAUAUUUUCCGGGAAAAAAAAUAUAUUUUUUUAAUAAUAAAAACAAAUACUUUUUAAUAAUUUGAAAUAAUAAUGAUAAUAAUAAUAAUUCAUCAAAAUUGUUUACAGAAAAAAAUGUAUAUUUUCCAGGAAAGAAAAUAAUAUUUUGAACAAUGAAAACGAAUAGUUUUAAAUAAUUUCAAAUAAUAAUGAUAAUAAUAAUUGUUCAUAAUUGUUUAUAGAAAAAUGUGCAUAUUUUCCAGCAAAGAGUGACAUUUUUAACAAAAACGAAAAGUCAAAUUUCGGGGGAAGGCAGAUUUUUUUUGUUUUGUUUUUAUGAAAUAGUCCAUUUUAGAGGUGAAAAAAAAACAUUUUUUUACAUGAUAAAAAAAUGGCUUGUGUAUUUUUAACCCCAAGUCUUUUUAAGAAAGAAAGUUAUAUUUUUAGGGGGGGGAAAAAAAGUUAUUUUUUUGGGGCAAAAAGGGUAUUUUCCUCAAAGUUGAAUAUUUUCCCUCAAAUAGUCACGUAAAAAGUGUAUAUUUUCAAGUUGGAUAUUUUUGAGCAAGAAUUUGGAUAUUUUCAAGAAACAUUUUUGAAUAUUUUCAGGAAGAAAAGUUGCAUUUUCUCAGAAAAAGGUUGAAUUAUUUUAAAAUAAAAAAGAUGAAUAUUUUCAAGAAAAAAAAAAGUGUUUUUUAAAUUAAAUGUAUUCACGUGAAAAGGUUUUAUUGGUGUAUAUUUUCAUGAAAUUGUUUUUUUUUUUCAAGAAAAUGCUCCCUUUUCUGAUUUAAAACAUGUAGAAAAUACAUGACGUGAAAAAGUGAAAUAUUUUCAAGACAAACGGUUGUAUACUUUGACCAUAAAAUGUUUAUUUUCUUGUAAAAAAAAAAUAGUAUUUUUUUUCUGAAAAAAACCCUCUUUUAUGCCCAAAAAUAUUUGACUUGGUCCAUAAUGUAUUUAUCCGAUGACGAGCCAUCGUCUUUUUUUUCCUUUUCCUUUUCCGACAAGUGGCGCACGCGUCUUGUUUCCAUGCUGCAGGGUACAAAACUUUCCACAACAGAUAACUAUGUUGUUUUUCUGGAGAAAAACAACAAGCAAACUUUUUUUUUUUUUUUUUAAAUACCCAACUUGGUAUUUUAGAGAUAAAAACUGUAUAUAUUUUCAAAAUUAAAGUUGUAAUCUAACUAGAGGAAAACUAGUGUCAGAACAGAUAUUUUCCACAAAUAAAAAGACAUGGUUAUUUUCAAGGAUAUAUUGUCAUAAAAAAAAGUCAUAAUUGUCCAAAGAUAAUCAAUAUUUUUGAGAGAGAAGAAAAUGUCAUUUUAAAACAUAUUUCAAGGUAAAAAAAAAAAUUUCUAUCAUUUGGAAAGUUCAAUAUUUUGAGAAUAAUUUUGUAAAUUCAGUUUAAUAAAUAAUAUGACUUUGCCAUCACAAAUAUGAUUAUUUUCUAGAAAAUAAUGACUUAAUUUUUAUAAGAUUGCUCCUUCAUUCUAGAAAAAUAUCCAACUUUUUUCUCAAAUAUUAUACACUGUUUUUCCUUCUAAAAAAGUUGUAUGUUUGCAUGCUAAAUUUCAUCUUUAUUCUCACAAGAUUACACAUUUCUCUCUUGGGAAUGUUUUUUUUCUAGAUAUUAUCUGACUUCCCUCAAAAAUCAAAAAGAAUUGUUGUAAAAUUAUGAAAUCCCAAAAAUGAAAUUUAAAGAAAACAUAUAUUUUUCUUGAAGGUUUUUUUUUUAUCAACAUUGUAAAAAAUAUAUAUAUAUUUUAAAUAAAAUUAGGAAAAUAUUACUCGUAUUCGUCAAAAAGAAUGUCGUUUUUUUGCCCCUCAAAAAAUACAAAAUAAAAAAAUUGCCUGAAAAUAUCUGCCUUUUUCUGAAAAUCUACAUUUUUGGUAAAGAAAAGAAAAUUGUCCUAAAACUAGAUUUUUUUUGUGCCUCCUAAAAUAUUUUCUUCCAAAUAAUAUUCAACGUAUUUUUUUAAAUAAAUAAGACUUGUUUCUUGAAAAUAUCAAGACUUUUUUCCCCCUCAAAAAAUAGAUAGAAAAUUCUCUAAAAAUACAACUUUUAACUCGAAUUAAAUGACUUUUUUUUUUUUCCUGACUUUAAUCUCGAAAAUCUGACUUUCUGACUUGAAUCUUGUCGCAUAACUGUUUUUCUCCUUACUUGAUCUCUGUAAAUUCUCCUUUGCAGUGUCCAGACAACCCAAAAAUAAUCAGCGUAUGUAUUCCGUGAAUACAUAACAAGUCGGCGAGUUUGGCCAGGAGCACUCGCGAGAUAUUUUCAACACGGUGAGAUUUGGAAACGUGGUUUCGGCGAAGGAGAAAAACAAAGUCGACGAACCGUGACGGCAAGAGCGCAAGUAGAAAAAAGUGCUGAAAUGAUGCUUAGCAGGUCAAACGUUUUUCAUGAUGAUAAUCGAGGAAAAGUGUUGUUGUGGGGUUUAGUUGACUUGGUGUGUUUUUUGGGAGUGUUUGUAAAUGGUUUUGGUAAGUGCCAGGCGUGUCCGAGGCAGGUUGGUCAAGGCCCCUUCCUUCCGCACUUCUUCUGCGAGAAUUUCUUCGAUCCGGAUGCCUAUUGUUUUAUUGCAAUAUUAAUCGAAUCUAGAAUGAUCUACGUGACAUCGCGUCAUCCUAAUGAAAAUGAACUUUAUUCGUACGGUCCAUCUCUGCUUGGGCCUUAAAACCCCUCCUUCCGCUAACUUUUAUUGUAAAUAUAAUACACGUAGUUGUAGCGAAGACGUGAACAGGGUACGCAAAGAAUUUUACGUCAUUCCAACUUUGGUUGUUAUUUUUUAGCACUGAUCAGGUGAUUUUUUUUGUGACCUUUCUUUGUCUUUUGCUGGCUUUCCUCAUACAAAGCGGCAAGAGGGAUUCGGACGAUACCGCCACCUCGUGGAUGGAUGUAGUUUUUGUACAAAAGUGGAAAAGAAAUGAGCGUUUGUUGAAUUGUGCACGCAAAAAACAAAAAAAAGAAAACAAAAGGUUUACAUGGACUUUAAAGUGUUGUACAUUUCCGAGUUGUGGACAAACUAUUUGUCUUGUAUUUAUUGUGUUUGUAAACAACGUGGUGGAGUGCAAACGUGUACAAAAGGAGAAAUAAAUGUGACUGCUUGGAAAAUCA